AACAUCCGACCCGACCCGACAACAAUAGUAAUUCAGAUAAUUCAGAUCUGAUCCGAUAUUCUAUUGAAAAAUUCAAAAAAGAUAAAAAUGGCGGAGUCGUCUAACACAAAGAUGAAGAAAGUGAUUGUGAUCGGUGUCGACAGCAGUAGUGAGAGCUUGCAUUCUCUGGAAUGGACUCUGGAUAAUCUCAUCCCUACUUGUGAAUCUCUAUUCAAGCUUGUUUUGAUCCAUGUCAAGAUCCAGGCUCUCUCUGUACUCCGCUUCGCAGGACCCGGCGUGGGAGAUGUUGUUUCACUGGUCGAAACGGAUCUGAAGAAAACAGCAACCUUAGUCACUGAAAAGGUUAAGGAGAUUUGUGAUAAAAGAUCAUUUUUGGACUAUAAACAGGAAGUGAUGGAGGGAGAUGCUAGAAAUGUGCUCUGCGAGGCCGUUGAUAAGCACAAUGCAGAUAUCUUAGUUGUAGGUAGCCAUGGCUACGGCGCUUUCAAGAGAGUAAUUCUGGGGAGUGUGAGUGACUAUUGCGCGCACCAUGCUAACUGCAGUGUGUUGAUUGUGAAGAAACCAAAGAUCGCUGCUCGCUGAUACAGGACUUUCCAACAUCUCUCCAAAGCAAUGGCUUUUGCCUUUCCUCAACUAGAGAAGCUUUAAUAACCCAUGGAACUUGAAUGGUUUUUAUUUUUAUUUUCCCUUCUCCUAAGAUUGCUACUUAAAGAGAUAGAAAAAAUCAUGGAUCAGCUAAAUGUGAUCAUUUAUAUGCUUGAGUGCAAAGCCUGCACACAUGACAUAACCAUCCAAACCAUCCAAAUAUUAGCUUGAUUAUAGACUGAGCGCGAAUAAAAACCAUCCAAAUCUAUGGCAUCAUUAUAAAUGGAGCCUAACUCCAGAAUCAGAUUUAUUAAACAAUCCUAAAUUUUGAUUAAUGUUAAACCAUAGAUUAAAGUAGUUUAGAUAUUUGAAUUAGCUCCAAAACAUGAAUAUUAUUUUUAAUAGUUACUAUUUACUAGGGGUAUGGAAUGUGUGCAAU